GUGGAAUUUGCUACCAAGGAGUGUGGUGGAGUCUCCUUCUUUGGAGGUCUUUAAGCAGAGGCUUGACAGGCAUAUGUCAAGAAUGCUUUGAUGGUGUUUCCUGCUUGGCAGGGGGUUGGACUGGAUGGCCCUUGUGGUCUCUUCCAACUCUAUGAUUCUAUGAUUCACUUGGUUUCCAUAUUCAAUUUUUUAUGUGCCUUAGCCUCUAGAGGUGAAAUCCACCUGGGUGUUCUCCUUUCUAACAAAUCUAUUCCACACAUUGUGUAAUGAUUUUCUAAUAAUAUGACAUUAAAAACCUUUGUAAACCUUAAUCUUAUCAUACCACAAAUAUGCAUGCCAGCCAAAUGCAUUGUCAUGACCUUCCAGAUCUAAUACAUCAGUGUUAUCGAGUAAAAACCAUUCUUUCAUCCAGCAGAAGGCGUUGCUCUCUUGCACACCUUUGGCACGGCUGCUGUGUCCCUCUUCUUCUCCUUCCUCCUCCUGGGGAGCUUUUAAAGGCGCCUGGGUGUGAAGCUGUGCGCCUUUGCGGAGCUCGGGCACCCGGUUCUUGAGGGGCAACAGCAGUGAGACUCAGACGGGCAGGCUGUCGCCGCCAUGGCCUCGCCUGCAACCGCAGAGAAGUAUAUCUUGGGUGUAGACAUGGGCAGCACUAGAUUUGGGGGCGCUGGGCACAUAUGCUAAAGACUGCCCUGCUCGUAAGGCUUGUUUUCCAGUACCUUUAUUACCUAUAAAGAGUUUUGUGUGAACCUGCUAGCCUCAAUUUCGGCUGUUGUACAUGUCACUGAAGCAAGGUUGUGGCUUCUAUGAGAAAUGUUUAAAGUUGGCUUUGUGUCCUGGGCUGUCCGGGAUCCACAAGCCAUAGUUUCCCCAUUUGGACAUCAUAGGUUACUGUGGCUUCCUGGCUGGUGUAUUCAUUCACACAAAGGAGGGAGCGAAGUGCCUAAAUGCAGGUGCUUGAAGCUUUUUAAUAUGGUGGCUUAUUAAGCAAAGAUUUGAUCAAGGGAUUGCAGCCAUUGUGUUUGCUUCUAUAGAGGCUUUAAUGCUAGCCUCUGAGGGAAGCUCUUGCACGGUUCCUACUUAUUGUAAGACAGACAUUUUCCAGUUGUGUCUUCCCCAUAAUGUCCAGAUCACUAUCAUUUAGUGGUGAUUUUGUAUAGGACCUGUUAAGAGCAUGGCAGAACAUAAUUGCCAAGCUUAAACAUCUCAGUGGGCAUGGGAGUGUGCCAGCUGGGUUGAGUUCAGAUGGUUUAGGAAUCACGUGGAGGGUGUGUCUUGGGAGAGAGAGCGUGCACUUUGGGAUGCGUGAAGUAUGCCAUCUGCCCCGCCCCCUUGCAGCCCACUCCCAUGCGUCUAAAAGGCAUACUGUAUUAAGAUUUUUGCUGCACAUCUUAGGUGAAGGGGGACAGCUUUGGGGGGAAAAACACAACUUAACGCUUUGGUGAUCGGCCAAAGAAAGAUGCGUUGCAUGCAAACCUCUAAGGGAACUGGACCUCUGAGCACACGAUUACUCUUCGCACCUCCGAGAGCCCCUUCAGAAGAAUGAAGCGGGUGGGCUUGGCUUCUGGCUGACUCAGCCGCGGCCCCUCUUUGCUAAAAGGCGGGGCGCUCCUCUUUGGAGAUGAGGGGGCGCACCGGCGAUCGAGCCAGGAAACUAGGGCGCGCGCGCGCCUCUGCUGCGGCUAUCAGGCGCGGAGGGGAGGCUCUUGGCUGCGCCCCCCCCUCUCCCGCCGCCGCCUGGAUCGUCUUCCUUUGUCCGCCCCCUUCCUCGCACCUGGGUUCCUCGCCCUGCGCCGCGCAGGCUCUUCUACGGCCGGCAGCUGCUCUGCCUGGCUGGGCGCAUCAAAAGCAGCCGCGUCUGCUCCCGGCGCUCGCUUCGCCUUUGUCCCUUUCGGCUGCAGGUAGGCAGGAGGGCAGCCUAGCCUAGCCGUGGGGGAGGGGGAGGGACCCGCAGGCUGGACCCUCUCUUCUUCCUCCUUUUCCCCCACUCCCGCAUCGACGGAGAGGUGCGGGAUCCGGCUCAGCCUCUUAGCGUCCGGCGCGGCGGCGGCGCCCAUUCCUCCAACCGGCCGAAGCCUGCCGUCCUGCAGCGUUGUGGGUGAGGAGGCCGGCAUGUACGAUUCAUGAAGCUAUGGGAGGGGGGGUGCUGUAAAGGCACCCCUCCCUCCUUUUCUUUUCAUCUAGCACCCGCCCUCGCGUGGCUAUUCCUGAAGCUCCUCUCUUCCCCCCCCCCAUUGCACAAGCAGGCGAGCUUCCCCCCAUCCCUUUUCUCUAUCGCAUCUGUGCGUGGUGUAUUGCUGAGCUGCCAGCAGAGAGAGAGAGAGAGAGAGAGAGAGAGGGAGGGAGGAGGAGGGGGCGGUGGCUGUGGAGGCUGCAGCCCAAAGAGCUGGUGUUUCCAGGAGGGAGCCACUGCGGACAAUGCCCAACAGCUCCAGGGAGCCUCUGCACCCCUCUCCCUCUCCUGUUUGGGCAUUGACAGGGUGGCACGUGUGGCAGCCGCGAUGACAGCCCAAGCAGCCAGGCAGCAUCCACCAUCAGUGGCGGCAGAGUGAGGGGGUUUCAGCCACCAACGCAAGAUGAAUGCCUCCCUCGAUGGUGGUAACCGCAGCAGCAGCAGCAGACCCUUCUGCCUCCUGGCUGCCGGCUAUCCGGAGGCCUUGGACAUCUGCCUCCUGGAGUUGAUCGUCAUUGUCUUCCUCACCGUCCUCAUAAUCUCGGGCAACAUUGUGGUCAUCUUUGUCUUCCACUGUGCGCCGCUGCUGAACCACCACACGACAAGCUACUUCAUCCAGACCAUGGCCUACGCUGACCUCCUGGUGGGUGUGAGCUGCCUGGUGCCUUCGCUCUCCUUGCUGCACUACCGGGUCGCCUUCUUGCCGGAGUCUGUGAUCUGCAAAGCCUUUGGCUACGUGGUCUCUGUGCUCAAGAGCGUCUCCAUGACCUCCCUGGCCUGCAUCAGCGUCGAUCGGUACAUCGCCAUCACCAAGCCUUUGUCCUACAACACCCUGGUCACUCCUUGCCGCCUCCGGGUUUGCAUCCUGCUCAUCUGGCUCUACUCGGGCGCCGUAUUCCUCCCAGCUUUCUUUGACUGGGGGAAGCCCGGCUAUCACGGGGAUGUAUUUCAGUGGUGUGCUGACUCCUGGGACACCUGGGCCAUCUUCACCCUCUUCAUCAUCGUCAUGCUGUAUGCGCCGGCGGCCUUCGUGGUCUGCUUCACCUACUUCAGCAUCUUCCGCAUUUGCCAGCAGCACACAAAAGAGAUCAAUGAGAGGCGCGUGCGGUUCAGCUCCCAAGAAGGGGAAGCGGCUGAUGCACAGCCAUGCCCAGACAAGCGCUAUGCCAUGGUUCUCCUGCGCAUCACCAGCGUCUUCUACGUCCUCUGGCUCCCCUACAUCAUCUACUUCCUCUUGGAGAGCUCUUCCGUCUACCGCAACCGAGCAGCCUCCUUCCUGACCACCUGGCUUGCUAUCAGCAACAGCUUCUGCAACUGUGUCAUCUACAGCCUGUCCAACAGCGUCUUUCAGAAAGGCUUGAAGCGCCUCUCUGGCGCUGUUUGUAUUUCUUGUGCCAGGCGCAGGGCGCCAAAGGAGUCCUCUACAUCGAGGAGCAAAAGACCUUCAAAUGGGUGUCAUGCGUAAGAUACAGACUGCUCUGACUAAAAAACAACAACAGAAAAAAAGAUUAAAGAUAUUGCCAGGUUUGCAAAAAAAUUAAAAUAAACUGACAUGAUCACACAAUUUUUCUCUGAGAAAUGCUUCUGGAGAACUGGAGAUUUCCACAAGCGUGUCUGUUUUAGUGUUUCACUUUACAAAUGUCCUUGUGUGAGGCAGGUUUGGUGACCUGGCACCUGUGUUUUCAAAACUGAGCGCUCCUCCUCCCCCUCCCCCUUUCUCUCCUGUCUGGAGUGCCUGCCAGUGGUGGCCAUGCAAGACCUCUGGCAAAAGAGACAUUUGUGUUCCUCCUUUAAAGCUUGGGCAUUUUUGGAGAGCUUUGAUCUUGCGUGUCAAUGUGGGAAUGUGUAAAUGGUCUGAAGGUGUACUCCCUGAUUCUUUGCUUUUGUUUUUCUGUGCAAAUGCCAAAGUAUAUUUCAGAAUUCUUAACAUAAGGGGCCAAAGUAUAGUCUCCUGACUUCCCCCACCCCACCCCCAUUUCCCCCAUAGUCUUAUAAACAAAUAAUGUAAACACUUGAACACUUUAUUUUGUCGUGUGAUACAGCCACACCACAUGUGGUUAAUCAGUAUUCUGACCUCCCCACCUCCCCCAAUGCUUUUCCCAAAAACUUCUCAUCCUGAGUGCCCUGUUAGAAUGCUCAUAUGUGAUUUACAGUACAGUGUUUGCAUUUUUAUUUAAAAGAAAUGUUUGUGUAGUAAUUGGGAUGAUUUUGAAGCAGACAAAAUUUAGCCGUUGAAUAAAGUAUUUUCUUUUUCUAAGUAAGUGGAGAAAAUAUUUUUACCAUCCCUAUUGCUCUGGAUAUGGAGGGAGCAGCUUGAGAAUGGAACAAAGGCAUUCUCAUUAGAAACCAGUGUGUGCUCAAUUUUUUUAUUUUGAGGAAAUUUCUUUUUAAAAACCCUUUCCUUUUAAAAAUGCUAUUUAAAUAUUGAAUUCCUCUAAUACGUUUCAUACAGUUUUAGUAGCAAAACAAGAGUGAAGCAUUAGACUCCUAAAUAACUUGUAUUUUCGAGAAGGGUGCAAUAUUUUCCCUAUCACACCCCUGGCACUGCCUUGGCAUGAUAAGUUUCUUUUGCAGGAGAAAUAUGAUACAGAAAGCAGACUUCUAGUCAUGAUGACUAUAAAGUACAUUUCUGAUCACAAUUCAAAGUGUUGGUGCUGACUUUUAAUGCUCUAUACACCCUGUGGCCCACCCUCCCACCAGAUAUCAAGGAAAUAAACAACUACAGUGGUAUAUCUGGUUAUGAACUUAAUUCGUUCUGGAGGUCCAUACUUAACCUGAAACUGUUCUUAACCUGAAGCAUCACUAAUGGGACCUCCUGCUGCCGCCGAUGAGCAAUUUCUUUUCUCACCCUGAGGUAAAGUUCUUAACCCGAGGUAUUAUUUCUGGGUUAGCGGAGUCUGUAACCCCGAGGUGUUUGUAACCCGAGGUACCACUGCAUCUGACUUUUAGAAGACACCUGAAGGCAACCCUGUUUAAGGACAUUUUUAAUGUUUGAUUGUUUAUCGUGGUUUUAAUAUUCGGUUGGGAGCCACCCAGAGUGGCUGGGGAAACCCAGCCAGAUGGGCAGGGUAUUAAUAACAGCAGCAGCAGCAGCAGCAAUGAUUGUUGUUGUUGUUGUUGUUUAGUAGUCUAGUCGUGUCCGUCUCUUUGUGACCCCAUGGACCAUAGCACGCCAGGCACUCCUGUCUUGCACUGCCUCCCGCAGUUUGGUCAAACUCAUGUUCGUAGCUUUGAGAACACUGUCCAACCAUCUCGUCCUCUGUCGUUCCCUCUCCUAGUGCCCUCAAUCUUUCCCAACAUCAGGGGCUUUUCCAAGGAUUCUUCUCUUCUCAUGAGGUGGCCAAAGUAUUGGAGCCUCAGCUUCAGGAUCUGUCCUUCCAGUGAGCACUCAGGGCUGAUUUCCUUCAGAAUGGAUAGGUUUGAUCUUCUUGCAGUCCAUGGGACUCUCAAGAGUCUCCUCCAGCACCACAAUUCAAAAGCAUCAAUUCUUCGGCGAUCAGCCUUCUUUAUGGUCCAGCUCUCACUUCCAUACAUCACUACUGGGAAAACCAUAGCUUGAACUAGACGGACCUUUGUAGGCAAGGUGAUAUCUCUUGCAUGCUGUGUGCACUCACCCACCCACCCAUUCUGCAGCUGUCUUUAUUUCAGGAGUGUGGGGAGGUUUUAAAGAACAGCAGGGCAGGGGGUGGGUAGCAAUUUCCAUUAAGGAGAAACCGCUUUUCCCUCCUCAAACUAAGGGCACUGGUGUUGCCCAUCAGCUGAUGGGUGACUGGGGGGGUGCCCUUCUCCAGCAGUGGAACCACUGGGAGCCCUCUUUAAACUCCUGCUCCAUCCUUUAAAGCCCUACCUUUACCUGCCCAAUACCUUAUGCCAGGUGUGAUGGCAGAUGUAUUUGUGAGUUCACCAGAAUGGCCUGGCUAGCCAAAUGGGAAGGCUCUGAUAGCUCCGUUUCAUCUGUGGACCAGAAGUUCCUCUUGCUGGAUUAAGCUGUGGCCAGACAUAAGGUCCUGCGUCUCUGACCUUCUGUCCCCAAAUGAACUCCCCCAUCUUUACUGUACUAUAAUGCUGUGUGUUAUGAUAAAUAGAAACUGUUGUAGGCUAUAUCGUAACUCUUUUGCCCCUGAUCUAAGCUCCUGUGAUGCCAUAGAAUGUUCAUGAGUGUUUUGCAGUUUAUUAAAGAGAGGGCCAGCUCAUAAAAAGUACCUUUUUGAUGGGAGGUACAGUGGAAUCUUCAAUUUGGCUGAAAGGGGGGAGGGCAGCCUUAAAUAGCGACUUUAAGAAAGGCAGGAAGGCAGAUCAGGACGUGGCUGGAAUGAGUAGUCUUGAGAUGUGAGGUCACCCUAGGUAGCAUGGAAGUACUUGGGACAACCUCAUGACUGGUCCAUUGGGCAAGACUGGAUCUAGGCACGUCAGAGAAGCGUUUCAGUUAAACACAUUGUAAACUAUGUAUGACUAAUCGGGUUGGCAAAAACAGAACUUCACAGCGCCAUCUGGUGUCACAGUGUUAUAAUGCAUAUACAACACAUAUAAAGUGCUUUUUCUUUGCUAAUGUAGCUGGGUCCCCAAAGGUUGACCUGCUUCUGUGGGAUCUUCAACAUGUUACCCUUGUUUUGUCCACUGCUGCUGCUCCUACUACUACUACACAUACUCUUCUUUUAGUUUGACCCCAAAGACACACACCUUGGAAAGUGUACUUUGCUUUUCUGCAUUUGCUGUUUGAUAGAUUACACAUCUCCAGCAUCACUUCUCUUACUCUAUUUAUUUAUUUCCUGAAAUAAUAAUUAUAAUUAUUAUCAACAUUUAUUUAUAUAGCAUCAUCAAUGCAUAUGGCUCCAUACACAGUUAUAGUGAGAAAUUCUACUCUGAAGUGUGUUCAGUCUAAAAUCUUAUAUGUUGCUUGACUGAGCGGGGAUGAGGGGAACAACCCUCAAAGUACGCUUGGUAGUGUUUUAAAUGAGCCUCCCCCAACUUGGUGUCUUCCUGAUGUUUUAAACUACAAUUCCCAUCAGCUCCAACCAGUUUUUGUUCAGGGUACUCUGUUUUCAAAGCAACAGAAUCCCUCCAACCUCUCCUGAAUUACUUGAAAACUGUGAGCAUGUUCCUUUCCCCUUCCAUCAGCUUUUGUCAGUGCCAAGGGCCUCCCUGUAGAACAUGAGGUCUGUUUUUUAUUACCCUGUUCUGAAACCCUUUUUUCAGGGCUGCUUGAACUCCACAAUAAAAUAACUUUAAAAUCCUCUGCUCCAGGUGACCCAGAUUCUGCACCAAGAAAAGCUAGAUAUUUUUGCUUGUGCAGAGUUGCUUGUUUUUAUUUUGUGUAACUGAUUUUUGCAGUAUUUGCUGUUUUGCAUAACUUUGGGGCAGGAAGAAGGAGCCAUGUAUGGUGUACUCAGGCCCCCUCCUCUUACUUAGCCCUUCCCCCAAAGCUAUUGCCCAAACACUCUAGUCUGUCUUAGCAGUUAGGCAGGAGGGCAGUUUUUUCUCUCUGACCCAGUUUGCAUGUAGUACUAAACAUGGGCAUGGUUCCCAGAGAGACUAUGACAGCCCUUGACUGAAGAAAUCUUUCCGUUUUUAAAUUUACAGGUAGGUAGCCGUGUUGGUCUUGUGUAGUCGAAACAAAAUAAAAAAGUUCCUUCCAGUAGCACCUUAGAGACCAACUAGGUUUGUCAUUGGUAUGAGCUUUCGUGUGCAUGCGCAUUCUGAUGAAGUGUGCAUACAUACCAAUGACAAACUUAGUUGGUCUCUAAGGUGCUACUGGAAGGAUUUUUUUAUUUAGUUUUUAAAUGUGUGCAUAGUUGCACACCCUUGAAAUAACUGAGGACAUGGCUACUUUCAGGGCUGCCUCCUUCCAUCCUAUCCUGCCUUUCUGCUUUGUUCAACUAGGGUGGUCCUUUUUUGAGGUGUGAUUGGCAGGAAUGUGUGAAAAGGCUUUUUCUCUUGCAGUGAUUAAACUGUGGAAAUACCUGCCCUGAGAUGGGCACCCAUCUGGCUUCCUCUCUGAUGGCGUUCUGAUACGUUUAGCCUGGCCAUUUGCUGAAAGGUCUUACGCUUUCUCUCCUCUCUUGUUGUUGAACUGCUUUACUUUCAAGUGUCUUUUGGAAAUUGUUUUAUAACUUAGUGGGGUUUAAAUUUUUUGUUGUUGUUGUUAGCCACCUUGGGUGCUCCAGAUUUAAAGGCAAAGGUGAGAUAUAAGUGGAUUUUAAUGAAUAAAUCACGAGGAGGAAAAACCUAGUUCUGAAGAGCACACCUUAGUUUUUGAUGGUGCUCACCUUUAUUGUCAGAGGCAUUUUCAAAGACGAACCCCAUAGAAGUGGGGUUAUUAUUCUACGAUGGCGCUUGCCAUCUUGCCAUUCUUACAAGCUGACAGUAUUUUAAAAUAAUUUAAAACAUUUAAAAGAGAUUCUUCUGACUAGUUCGAAU